CAAGAUAAUAUUUUCUUUUAAAAUAAUAUAAAGAAAUUAAAAGCAAAAGAGAUGUUCAUUGGUUCAUUUUCUUUUCUUUUCCGAAACACAUUAAUUUCACAUAAUCAUAACGUUUUCUUUUGCCCCUUUAAACUUUGGUUGGCUUUGAUCAUGGUCAAGUCUUCUUAAUCGAUUACCAAGUAUUUUAUCCUAACUUUUUUACUUCUGUAUAUUAUGCUAAUUAUAAUCAAAAUAUGAAAUGUAGAUGUUUCUUUAUAAGAUUUUUUUUUUUACAGUUACCAACCUAUGAAGAAUAUAACUCUAUUAGUUUAACUUUUUUUUAAUAAUGUUUCUGAAACAAGUACAUAUCUGUAUUUAAAUAAUAUAAGAUUCGACAACUUAGGAAAAGAAAAAAAAAAGGAUUACCCAACGUUAACAAAACCUACAGUUACAUUAAGUAAUAUAUUUAAAAAAUUCAAGAAUGAAGUUUGUUCGUUUUCAUUCAGAAGUUUGUCAUUCUUUUCACACGGGUGUUCCGUUUUGCACUUUCGAUAUGUAACUGAAACCUUAUGAUAAAAGACACACUUGUCACAAAACACUUUUGCUAGCUUUACCAAGAAUUGAAAUAUGGACUAGAGAACUUAAAACAAGAAGAGUUGGGAACACCAAACUAAAAAGUCUUGAUAAUUGAAUUAGUGUAAAUUGAAACUAAUUAAAAGAAAGGUUGAAUGAAGACAAUAGAUUCUUUAACUCUGGAGAAUGACAGAAACAUAACUAAAUGCAUUAAAAGAGUUGUUGAUGUGUAAAGUUGAAAAAAUUAAUAAUCAUAGUUUACCAACCAAACAGUGUAACGGUAGUAUUCUGUUUUGGCAGUUCCUUAAGGGGCAUUUUCGGUAAUAAAAAAAUUUCAACGGUCCUUUUCUUUUCAACCUUUCUCUAUUCAUAUAAAAUCUUCAGUCAUCACCAUUUCAUUGCCACCACCACUACCAAAAAAGUUAUCUUCUAACUCAGCUGCAACUUCGAAAAAGUAAAGCUUUUUCAUUUUGCCCUUUGUCUCUUUUUCUUUUAGUUUAACAUUCUCUGUACUAGGCUUUCUUAGCCAUUUAGAUCCUUUAGUUAGUGAACACAUCCAGAUAAUAUCAUUAGAACAAGAUUGUUGUGAACAAGAAAGAAAAAGACUUUUGAACAGAUCAUGGAUCCUGUAAAGCCAGAGGAGAUAAGCCACCCACCAAUGGACCAGCUUCAGGGUCUAGAGUACUGUAUUGACUCAAACCCUCCAUGGGGAGAAGCAAUAGCUUUAGGUUUCGAGCAUUACAUUCUUGCUUUAGGAACUGCAGUGAUGAUCCCUUCCUUUCUUGUUCCUAUGAUGGGUGGAGACGAUGGUGAUAAAGUGAGAGUUGUUCAGACACUACUCUUCAUUCAAGGUGUGAACACUCUUCUUCAGACAUUAUUUGGAACUCGUCUCCCAACUGUGAUAGGAGGCUCUUAUGCCUUCAUGAUUCCGAUCAUUUCAAUCAUCCAUGACUCUUCUUUGACCCGUAUUGAAGAUCCACAACUGAGAUUUCUAAGUACAAUGAGAGCAGUACAAGGCGCGGUCAUCGUUGCUUCUAGCGUUCAGAUCAUCCUUGGUUUCAGCCAGAUGUGGGCAAUCUGUUCAAGAUUCUUUAGUCCUGUUGGUAUGGUUCCUGUUAUUGCAUUAACUGGUUUUGGACUCUUCAACAGAGGUUUCCCAAUGGUGGGUACUUGUGUUGAGAUAGGGAUUCCAAUGCUUAUCCUCUUUGUCCUCUUCUCUCAGUAUCUAAAGAGCUUUCAGUUCAGACAGUUCCCAGUAGUGGAGAGAUUCGCUAUGAUUAUAGCUUUAAUCAUUGUGUGGGCAUACGCACAUCUAUUGACAGCUAGUGGAGCUUACAAACACCGACCGCAUCAGACGCAAGUAAACUGCAGAACUGAUAUGUCUAACCUCAUUUCUUCAGCUCCUUGGAUCAAGAUUCCUUAUCCACUUCAAUGGGGAGCUCCUAGCUUUGAUGCUGGUCAUGCUUUUGGUAUGAUGGCUGCUGUUUUAGUUUCACUCAUUGAGUCAACUGGAGCUUUCAAGGCUGCUGCACGCCUGGCUAGUGCCACGCCUCCUCCACCUCAUGUACUUAGCCGCGGUAUUGGAUGGCAAGGCAUUGGGAUCCUCUUGAACGGUUUAUUUGGAACGCUAAGUGGUUCAAGCGUCUCUGUAGAGAAUGUUGGAUUACUAGGAAGCACACGUGUUGGUAGCCGCAGAGUUAUUCAAAUCUCAGCAGGGUUUAUGAUAUUCUUCUCAAUGCUAGGCAAAUUUGGAGCCUUGUUUGCUUCAAUACCUUUCACAAUAUUUGCAGCAGUGUACUGCGUCCUGUUCGGUCUUGUUGCUUCUGUUGGACUCUCUUUCCUACAAUUCACAAACAUGAACUCCCUAAGAAACCUCUUCAUCACAGGCGUAUCUCUCUUCUUAGGCUUAUCGAUUCCAGAAUACUUCAGAGACUUCUCCAUGAAGGCAUUGCAUGGUCCAGCUCACACCAAUGCUGGUUGGUUCAAUGAUUUCUUGAACACAAUCUUCUCCUCUUCACCAAUGGUGGCGCUGAUGAUCGCAGUGUUCUUGGACAAUACUCUGGAUUACAAAGAGAGUGCUAAAGACAGAGGGUUGCCUUGGUGGGCUAAGUUCAGAACAUUCAAAGGAGAUAGCAGGAAUGAGGAGUUCUACACUCUCCCCUUUAACCUCAACCGUUUCUUCCCUCCUUCAUAAGUUUUGUUACAUGUUUCUGUUUUGACUCGGUACUUGUAUUGUGUGUGACUUAUCAUCACCCAAUUAUUAUUUUUUAUCUAUUUGAAAUUAUUCUUUUUAAUCUAAUAAAAGAUCAUAUUUUGAUAA